GACGGGAGUGGAAGAAGUGUCAAAAGAUGGCGCUAACUGUUUUAAUGACAUUCAGACUUUACUUCAAUCAAUAACGGAGCAGCAUCUCCUCAUCCGGAAACAACAACAAGGAAAUGUGUCCCGUGAAAAACCGUCCGACCGCAACUCUAAUAACUAAAGUUCCUUGGGUGAAUAAUGUAAACUCACUACACCGGUAUGUUUUAGCGCUUUCAUGGCGAGUUUACUGACAGAUAUAAGUAAGAACUUUACACUACUUUAUAUUAGAAAUGGCAACAGCGGAGGAUGAAUGUCCCAUAACAAGAAGAUAGAGGAAAAAGAAGAAGCUUAUCGACUACAGUGUCGGCACGGACAACAAAGGCGGAUGCCCGCAAUUUUUCAGGAUUCAUGCAGAUCCCAAAUACAGAUCAGCAGGUACCAGAAGGCCCUGUCCUUCAGGUCCGGCGAGGGCAUCCACGCGGACUUCCAGACACUCAACGAGGACAUCAAUUCAUCGUCUGCAACGUACAUCCUGAAAGUGGCCAACCGUCUUUACGGAGAAAAGACAUCAAAAUUCAUCGCUGAAUUCCUUGAUGCCACACUCAAGUACUACAAGGCAGACCUGAAGGCCGUGGAUUUCAUCGGGGCUUCGGAGGCUUGUCGAGCAGAGAUUAACAGCUGGGUGGAGGAGCAGACGGAAAAUAAGAUUAAAGAUCUCCUGAAGCCAGGAACUCUCAGCGCGACGACAAGACUAGCUCUGGUCAACGCCAUCUACUUCAAAGGCAACUGGAAGCACAUGUUCAACCCAGGCAACACCUGUGAACAGCCCUUUAAAGUCAAUCAGAAUGUGACCACGAAGGUGCAAAUGAUGUAUCUGAAGGAGAAACUUCCGUACAACUACAUCCCUGAGCUGGGUCUGCAGAUCCUAGAGAUGCCAUACAAAGGUGAUGAGCUCAGCAUGGUCAUCCUGCUUCCGGAGGAGUCUACUGAUGGUUCCGACCCGCUGCUGAAGCUCGAAAAGGAGCUUACUCACUCCACGCUGAGCGAGUGGACCAAGAGGGACAACAUGGACGUCUACACCGACGUGGUCGUUCACCUGCCCAAGUUCAAACUGGAGGAGGAGUACGAGCUGAACGAACCCCUGGCCAAACUGGGCAUGACAAACGUGUUUUGCGCCGCCAAGGCCGACCUUUCCGGAAUGAACGGCGAGGGAAGACUGUCCUUGUCCACGGUGGCCCACAAGGCCUUCGUGGAGGUGAACGAGGAGGGCAGCGAGGCCGCCGCAGCCACCGCCGGUAUCGCGUCUUUCUGCAUGCUAAUGAGGGAGGAACACUUUAACGCAGACCACCCCUUCCUCUUCUUCAUCAGGCACAAUAAGUCCAAGUCUGUCCUCUUCCUCGGCAGGUUCUCCUCUCCCCAAUAGAGACAACUCAAAUCCAUGAAGAAAGAGUUUUGGAAAAUUUCAUUUUUCUCAAUCCAUACUAGGGUUGUCCCGGUACCAAACUGUAUUUCGAUACUUUUCUAAAUAAAGGGGACCACAAAAAAUGGCAUUAUUGGCUUCA